AUGGUACUUGAGUGGAAAGGAACCAGCAGCACCUUAAGAAGUGUACUUUGUAAUGACCCAGAUAUGACUUUAAUACCAGUGAAUAUUCCAGGAGAUACCAGCAAACUUCAAAUUGAAAAAACUUCAGUCAAGAGACUACCAGGAGAAGCUUUUCACUAUCUGCAAAACCUGGAAUAUCUCUGGAUGUCCUGCAAUUCAUUGACAAUUCUUAGCUCAGACAGUUUAUUGGGUUUAUAUGCUAUGAUAGAACUUCGACUGGAUGGCAAUUUACUCACUUCCUUUCCCUGGGAAGCAUUAGCAGAUGUACCAAAGCUAAGACUCCUUAACUUACACAACAACAAACUUCCUUCAAUACCAGCGGAAGCAGCAUUUUACCUAAGAAAUAUUACAUUUCUGGAUCUAUCUAGCAAUAAACUUAUGACCUUGCCAACAGAGCUUUUUAUAGCUUGGCAAAAUUUCCAACCUGUUUCUAAGCCUUUCACUGAAAACUCAAAGUUAAUUUUAGGUCUGCAAGAUAAUCCUUGGAAUUGUGACUGCAGACUGUAUGAACUUGCAUACUUCCUAAAACUUCACUUACCUUUUGUAGCAUUAAUAGAACCUCGAUUAAGAUGCUUAACUCCUCCGAGUCUCACAGGAGCCUUAUUUAGUCAAGUUGAGUUAAGAAGAUGUCAAAGUCCUGUUGUUUAUACUUCUGUGACCAAACUGAAGACUUCACUGGGCAGCACUGUUCUGCUACGAUGUGGUACCACUGGUGUUCCAAUUCCAGAGCUUAGCUGGAGAAGAGCCGAUGGACAGCAGUUAAAUGGGACAGUGCAUCAGGAAAUUUCUGGUGAUGGAAUGAGAUGGUCUGUAUUAGGCCUGCCUGCCGUUUCCUAUAUUGAUUCUGGAGAAUACAUAUGCAAAGCAAAGAACUUUCUUGGAACAACAGAUGCAUAUGUUUCACUAAUUAUAACGGACAACCUCAUAACAGAAGAUCCAAAUCGGCCACUUCUUAAAACAACAUGGAGCAAUGGAGUAAACGGCUUGGAAGCUGCAGCCUACAAUGAAAAACUAUUUACUCAGUACAUUAUUCCUGCCUCAACCACAUCUUCAACAGAGGUACAGUCCUAUCAAAUGUAUGGUAAUGAAGAUCCAGAAAGUGACCAGGCUGGGAACCAAAAGAAAGCUGAACUAUCUAAUAUGAGUAAAAGCAAUGCAAUGCCUAAGAUGGCUACAGUCAAUGAGAUGCAUCCAGGCGGGUACAAGAGUACACUUAACCCCACUUCUAAUCAGCAGGAGCAGGAAAAUCUGAUUCGCUCUGUAAAAGUAAUUGGGGAUACUGAACAUAGUAUUACACUUGCAUGGAAGUCCCCAUAUGGCAAAAAUACCACCAUAUUCAAUGUUCUUUAUGCUGUUUUUGGAGAAAGAAAUAUGAAUAAGAUCACUGGAGAUCCAGGCAAGACAAUAAUCAAAAUUGAGGGAUUAGAGCCAAAGACAAAGUAUAUUGCAUGUGUAUGUGGUAAAGGACUGAUUCCUAAAAAGGAAAAUUGUGCAAUUUUUUCAACUGAUGAAGCUGUUACUGCUGGUGGGACCCAGAAACUCAUUAAUGUGGUUGUGAUCAGUGUAGCUUGUGUCAUAGCAGUGCCACUGACCCUUGUUGUUUGUUGUGGUGCACUAAAAAGGCAUUGCAAAAAGCUUCUUAGAAGAGAGCCAAAGAAUACUGAAGACCCAUAUGUGACAUUUGAAAGUCUUUCUCCUGGACCCAUAGCCAAAGCAGCAGGGGAUGAAGAAUUCUUAACUAGUCAUACUCUUGAAGAAUCUAAUAGACUUCUGUCGGAAAGGUCGAGUGUAGACUCUGAAGCAACAGCAAAAAUGGAAGGGCAGCAUAAUGAAUAUUUUUGUUGAUUCUCCAGAGACUGAAACAAUCAAAUGACAAUUUCUGUAUACCAAGAUGUAUUCCAGCAUUGGAAGUUACGGGAAUUGAGAUGUUGUUUUGUAAAAGACUUUCAAAAGCUCAAUUUUCCCUCACUGAUAUUCCAUUUUGUACUAAGCCUGAUGCAUUUUCUUGCUAAAGAAAUACAUCUUCACAAUCAGAUGUAUUAUUUAAGCACAUAUUUAAUCUCUUUAUUGUAUGAACUGGUUAUUAUUCAUUAUAAUCAAC